UGAGAGAGUGGGAGACCGAUGCCCCUGUCUCCCUCGGUGCCGCCCAAGCUGGCUGCGGUGCGGUGCGGUGCUGCGGAGGUGACACAAAGCGUUUGGAAUCGGAAAUACUGCGCUCUGGCGGCGGAAGGGCGGAAAGGGGCGCCCGGUGCAGGACCGUGCUGGCCGCGCCCGCCGUGGAGGUGAGGCAGGUGCGCUGGCACCCCGGCUCCCCCGCCGACUCGCACCUGCUCGUCCUCACGUCCGACAACUCGCUGAGGUUGUACAACUCGUCUGCCAACCCUGAGAUCCGCCAGCUGCAGGUGGUGCACCUGGGCCGCGCGCCCAUCGGCGGCAUUAUGUCCUCCUCCAAGCUGCCCCUGCUCGGCGGCCUCGGCGAGACGGCCGUGGACUUCGACUUUGCUCCUCCGCUCACGCUCAAGGUGGACAAUUUUUUCUUCCUCAUUGUAAAUUAUUUUUAUGCCUUUGAACCUUCUUUUUUCUCCCACCCCCCACCAUCUCUACUUUCCCCCUUUUUUGUGAAUUAAUUUUGUCUUUACGAA